UCGACAGUUCCCGGGUAAGUGUUCAACUGUUCCGGCGUUAAUUAGCGACGCAGUUUGAGCUCGACAAACAAACUUAUUUCAAUGUAGAAACAGAAUAAAACUAUUUAAAAUAAAACACCAUUACUACAAUGGCGACAUGACUCAAACACGAAGUCAAGACUCGCUUCGUGUCUGGUUCGUUUGAGGAGACUUAUUUGUGAGUACUUCGCUAACAUCAUGCUAGCUAAGCCUUAAAGGUAAGCUAGUGUGCGGUUCCCAUGUCGUUCACGACCAGCACCGUGGAAUGGGUCGAGUCCACCGGGCAAGUUGUUAUCAUAGAAGGCUGCUUGCCCACCGACAGCGUCGACGCAGCUGGGAUUCCACCAAUCCAGAAGUUGCUUGUCGGUAAUGGAGAGGCUGAAGAAGGCUUUUGCUGCGAGGAGUGCCUUGCGCUCUACCAAGACCAGAGCGACCCCUUCAAGACCAGCGGCCCAUCUUUUAUCCUUGAUUUUCCCACAAGCAUGGGGGUCCCCGAGAGGGCCCUCUUGACAUUGCCCUACGGCUUGACGGUGGGCCGCUCCAGUAUUCCCGGCGCAGGUGUUGGGGUCAUCAACCACGGGCUGGCGCUUGCUCCUGGGAUGCAUUUUGGACCGUUUGAGGGCGAAGAGACGAGCAUGGAGAACGCCAUCAAGAGUGACUAUUCCUGGGAGAUUUACAAAGGCCAAGAUGCUUACGAGUACAUUGGUGCCGCCACAGAAACGUUUUCAAACUGGAUGAGGUAUGUCAAGCGUGCUCGCAACAGGGAUGAGAGCAAUCUGCUGGCAGUGCAGUAUAAAGGCAGCAUCCUGUACCACUGCUGCCGCGGCGUCAACGCUGGAGAAGAGUUGCUGGUGUGGCCCAGCGAAAAGCUGCUUGCACGCUUUAGCCAGGCUUGGAUGCAAUUUUGGGUGACCAAGCUCCAGACUGCAGCAGAUAGCGUCCCACCUGAAGCGUCACAGGUUUUUGUGUGCGGCCACUGUCAGCUGAGCUUCACCACCGAGGCCUUCCUCCAGCACCACGCCGACUGCUUCCACUCGCAUCAGCGGGAGAAAUCGCAUCCCGAUGAAACCGAGCCAGACAAUCCCGGCGCAGACGCCGGGAUCUCCGCCCCUGCUCCGACGCCACUUCCAGAUGCAGUCAUGACGAUGGCCUGCUCCGACUGCGGUAAGACUUUCAAGCAAGCGUCUCACUUGAAGAGGCACGAACUGUGCGUGCACCGCAACAGGCGCCCUUACUGCUGCACGCUGUGCCGGCGGAGCUUCAGCCAGGCGUCAGGUUUGCUCCGACACCAGGUUGUUCACAGGAAGCCCGGUGCGGGACAUUUAGCAGAAAAUGGCCAGCAGGUCGGCGACGCCCAAGAAGAAGCUUCCGACACGUCGGAAGUUACGACGACGAGCGAGCAACCGAGUGAUGAGAAGGACAAAAUCUCAAGUGAAGCUGGAGAGCAAGAAGUGGACAAGCAGCCCCACGUUUGCGCUGAGUGCGGUAAAACCUUCCGUGUCAAAGCGUUCCUCAAAAAGCACAAGGCGCUGGUGCACGACAAGAUUCGUCCAUUUGUGUGCACCCUCUGCAAGCGCUGCUUCGGCCAGUGCAGCGACCUCACCCGCCACCUGCAGCGCCACCGCACGCGACGCACGGGCCGCCCCAGAGCUCGCCGUUUGUCCGGGCCACCCGCCGAGAUGCCGUUUAGCUGCGGCCAAUGUUCUCUCGACUUCUCCACCGUGGCCCUCCUCCAACUGCACGUCGACGCCAGUCACUCGGAGGAGGUUGGGCAGCGGGACAAUCCCGAUCCCAGCUCGAAACCCCCGGACGCUGUCACGGGGCCCCCCUGUGAGAGGCCCCGGCGACACGCCUCCAAAUACAAAAUAUCCCUCAUCACCCAGCUCGAUGGCGAGGAGCUCCCCAAACGCAAGCUUUUCCGUUGCAACCACUGUCACGAAAGCUACGCCGACCCAGACGAGCUGCGGGCGCACGCGUGCGAGCAGCAACGCCACACGUGCGCCACCUGCGGCUCGACAUUCGGCCGCUCGGUCUUCCUGCGGCGCCACGAACGGACCGUCCACCGCAGCGUGCCGCAACGCCGCUGCGAGCACUGCAGCAAAGUUUUCGUCGAGUCGGCGGGCCUGGAGCAGCACCGGCGAGCCGACAACUGCAGGAAGUACCACUGCACCACCGAGCUCUUCUCCUGCGCCCAUUGCCAGUUCUCCUUCACUGCCAAGAGCUUCCUGGCCAAGCACGUCCGCAGGCACCACCCGGCGGAGUACCGGGCCGACAGCUCCGCGUAUCAGCCGGAGGAGGAGCAGGGCGUCAAAGUGUUUAUGUGCUCGCGCUGCAAAAAAGACUACUCGGACGCCAAAGCCUUUAAAAGCCACUCGUGCUUCCAACAGGUAAAGGUGCUCUACUUCUGCGCCGACUGCGGCAAGGGCUUCGGCAACCGCUACACCCUAAAGCAGCACCGGCUCACGCACACGGGCGAGAAGCCGCACGGCUGCCCGCACUGCGCCAAGGCCUUCGCCAACUCCAGCCAGCUCACUGUGCACUUGCGCACACACACGGGCGAGAAGCCCUACCUGUGCACGCACUGCGGCGAGAGCUUCCGCCAGUCGGGCGACCUGAAGCGCCACGAGCGUAAGCACACGGGCGUGCGGCCCCACAAGUGCGAACAGUGCUGCAAGAGCUUCAGCCGGCCGCAGAGCCUCAAGGCGCACCGCAUGCUGCACAUGGGCCAGCGCAUGUUUACCUGCACCGUGUGCAGCAAGAGCUUCUCGAGGAACUAUCAUUUGCGUCGGCACCACCGCAAGAUGCACACCUGAAACAUUUCAUUCAGCCAGCCAAUCUGCUUUUUGAUCUUUGUUACAAAUGAGUGCAUUUUAGGAAUGAGCAGCACGUUGGCCACCGGCGCUGAGCUCCAUUCUGUCUCCAGCCAGUGUGAAGUGUGCGAUCGUCCGGUGUGCUGCGGUAAAGUUGUCCACAUUCACUUGCUCCAAAAGUUCCUGACUGCAAAUAUUUUGUCACAAAAAGUGGAUGCACUUAUUUACUUUCUGCCAUCUAAUUGGACAGUAUUUCAUUGUUAUGCCAACACAAUACAAUAUAUAAUACAUAUACAUGUGUUGUAAAAGGGGGAAAAAAAAAGGUCCAUCAAGUGAUGUGCCGGUCAAGAGAAGCAUGUGACGUCCGCUGCUUGAACGACAUCCAAGUUGACCUGCACCAUCAGGUAGCUUUAUUCUAUUCCAUACGUGCUGUUGCACCUGUUUGCGUUUAAAGGAGAAAAAAAAAGGUGUUUGAAGAUGGAGGCAUUUCCAUUGCCACUGUCAACAAUAUCCAAAUAUUGAAUAUGUUGCAUCUUUAACCAGCCAAGGGCUAUCCCUAGUGCAUGCAUGGUUUUGUUUGUUGAAAUAAAAACAAGCACUUUGUCCACCA